CGCGCUCUAGAACUCGACGGCUUAUCUAUGUCCAUCCAACGCGGGCGAAACUUCAAUUUUGGCUUGCGGGCGAGAUGGUUCGCACUAUCGUCGCCUCUGAUGUAUCUGUCUCCUAGUGCGCGGCGAAUGGCGCCGUCGUGUUGAUCUGUAGGCAUUAUGCCGGUAGCCGUCAUAGUUGCGAUGGUUCCAAUCAAGAACUUCAUCGCAGGCGAUUGCUCUCUUCCUUCUGCAGACUUGCACAUCGAGACAUCAAGAUGAAGGACGCAGGGACUUCAGGCGCGUUCGCCUCUGCGGAAAAGCAGACCAACGGCAGCAAUACUCAAGAUGUGCAAAAUGGCCAUCGUGCGAUCGAUCUGAUCGCACAGCCUUUGACAUUACCAUGCGGUCUCACACUACCCAACCGCCUCGUGAAAUGUCCCAUGCAAGAGACCCUCGCGCAGCCCCCAAACUUCGACCCUCCGAUCGACUCCUUCAAGAACCUCUACAAGAAAUGGUCCGAGUCGCAAUACGGUCUGAUCAUCACAGGUCAAGUCCAAGUCGACAUCCGCUUCCUCUCCAUCGCAGGAGAUGUCUGCGUGCACGAAGGCAGCCUCGAGCCCGCGAUUCUGGCGAAAUGGAAGGAAUGGGCUCAGAUCGCGCAGGCGAACGGCACGCCUUGUAUUGUGCAGAUUGCACAUCCCGGUAGGAUGAGUCCCGCCGGAGCAGGUAAUCGACCGAGGGAUAUGCCGCCUUUGUGUCCGAGCAGCGUGCCGGUGAAGGCCGGUGAUACCUGGCUUGACAAGCUCGCUGUGGAUAAGGUGUUGGGAACACCGAAGGCUAUGACUAUCGAGGAGAUUGAUGAUGCGGUAGAGAGUUUUCUACGAGGGGCGGUGGUUGCGCGCGAUGCGGGAUUUGCAGGAUGUCAAUUACACGGUGCCCACGGUUUCCUUCUCUCACAAUUCCUUUCGCCUCACACAAAUCGAAGAAUCGACGACUACGGAGGAACCCCCGAAAAGCGAAUGACACUCCUAAAGCGACUAGUGAAAGAGAUUCGCGAUAAGUGCCCGCCACCAUACUGCCUCGCCGUCAAACUCAACAGCGCCGACUACAUGGCCGUCGGCGGCCUCCAAGAAGACGAAGCGCUCGAACAGGUCCGGUGGCUCACGACCUGCGGAAUGAUCGACUUCAUCGAACUCUCCGGUGGCAACGCCGAAACCGCCACGUCCAAGCUCCACACCACAUUUGGCGCCAGAUCCAUCUCCAAAGCCCCGCAAAUGAGAGAAAGCACGCGCAUCCGAGAGGGUUUCUUCACCUCAUUUGCCGAGAAAGUUCAGAACCUGCACUCUCCGAUUCCAAUCCAACUCUCUGGAGGUUUCCGCUCACGGACCGGCAUGGCCGACGCCCUGGACUCGGGCGUAUGCGCUCUGAUCGGUCUCGGCCGCGCCGCCGUAUUAGAGCCCGAACUCCCGCGAAAGGUUCUGCUCAAUCCGGACAUUGGAGAUGAUACCGCUUUGGCAAUGUCGCAUAUCAUCCGCGGGCAGUGGUUUAGCAAAUUGAUUCCAGCGAAAAUCAUCGGUGGGGGAUUGCCGAUUCAGUUCUUUUAUUAUAAUAUGCGGAGGUUAGGGGCCGGGUUGAAAAGUGCGCCGGACGCGAGCUUGCCGUUUGUUUUCUUUGCUGGAUUGGUUGGUGGGAUUGUGCAGUCUGUGGGAAGGAUUCUGGGAAGGCUUGUUUCGACGAGGGCGGCGGCGGAAGGUCGGUCGUAGGGGUCAAGGAGUCAGAUGACGGUAAGCCUUAGAUGAGGCGAUCAUGAAUUUGUUUCGAGAGAUGUAGGUGGAUUAUACAGAGUUCAAUCUUACGGCGGACUUUCAAGUUCACUUAAUUCCCUAGCAGGUAGGAGCUGACAGAGAAGGAGCUUUCGAUGCCGUAAACGAG